AUGUGGCCGGAGAAUUGUCUGAAAGCAAAAUGUGACAUGGUAUAUUUGCAUAAAUGCCCCGAAGAUUCUCGAUUAGUAAUACCACCACCGCCACCUGGAGAAUGUUGCGCACCUCCCGGAGAAUGUCAUUGUGAUAUACAGAAAUGUUAUCCGUUAGUACCGGUAUGUGAAAAGGGUCUUGAACGAGUUCUCGUAAAAAAAGGUAUCAAUGAACCUGGCCAUUGUUGUGAUAUCUUUGAAUGCAAACAACCAGAAUUACACUGUGAAAAUGUACAUUGUGAUCAUCAUUUUUUGGAUUAUAACGAAGAGGAAUGUCCUGAUGAUAGCAUUCGAACUGCUAGCUAUGUACCAGCUGGAACUUGCUGUCCAAUUAGUCCCGAAUGUCGAUGCCGUGCAUCAAUUUGUAUGCCUGCAUCAUGUCCUGAAGGUCAAAAGGUGAAGAUUUUACAAAAAG